CACAGCAGCCAUGGAUAACAACACAUCCAAUGCAUCCGCAAGUGUGAGCGAUGCAGUAGCACAGUUGCUACAGGACACCCAACUGGCCGCAGGGAAGGACGAGAAAAUCAAGAGUCUCAAUCAGGUCAAAGAACUGCUGCUCAAUAGAGAGCCUAAAUUGCUGUCCAAUUUUCUACCGGAAAUAGUGCAGUUUCAAACAGAUCUGGUUGCCGAUGUGAGGAAGUGGCUCAUAGUUUUCCUGGAAGCAACAUG